CAGAAGUAUAAAAGAAGUGUGGUCUUUGUUGUUUGCACGGCGCAGAGCAUCACCCUAAGGAUGCAGAUAUUCGUGAAAACCCUAACCGGUAAGACCAUCACCCUCGAGGUUGAGAGCAGCGACACAAUCGACAAUGUGAAAGCCAAGAUUCAAGACAAGGAAGGGAUUCCACCGGAUCAGCAGCGGUUGAUCUUCGCCGGGAAGCAGCUGGAAGAUGGACGCACCUUGGCUGACUACAACAUUCAGAAGGAGUCAACGCUUCAUCUUGUCCUCAGGCUUCGCGGUGGCAUCAUUGAGCCUUCUCUCAUGGCUUUGGCCCGCAAGUACAAUCAAGACAAGAUGAUUUGCCGCAAGUGCUAUGCUCGCCUUCACCCAAGGGCGGUUAACUGCCGCAAGAAGAAGUGUGGUCACAGUAACCAGUUGAGGCCAAAGAAGAAGAUCAAGUAAAUUCUAGAUUGUGCUGUUCUUCUCUUGAUGUUGGAAUCGGAUCAGUUUUUGAUAUUAUGUUUUCUGUUUUAGCUAAUGUCGAAUUGUUUUGAGAGUUUAUUUUGGCAACUAAGAAUUAUAUUGUUAUGAUGAUGACAUUAUGGUAUCAUUUAAGUUCCUGAUUGUGUUUUGUAAUGCACUUAGUCACUUAAACAUUCAGCGGUACAGAGCAAUAUAAUAACACCAAGGGACCUGUUUAUCUUGCAAA